GCUGUAGAGAAUGGGUGUUCGUGCAGUGACGUCGCUGCUGCUCCUCGCGCUCGCCGCCCCGACCUCCGCCGACCUCGGAGGAGGAGGCCUCGGAGGCAAGGGCGGAGGGUACGGCGGCGGCGGCGGCGGCGGCGGCAAGAAGCACCAGGUGGUGAUCGCCCCCCCUCCGCCCCCGCCUCCCCCCCAGCCGGCGCCCAUCAUCGUCGACGCCAAGCUGGUGCCCGGCCCGCGGCCCUGCCUCCCCAUCACCAAGCAGUUCACGCAGUACGAGACGGUCGAGAACUACGUGCCCAUCUACAGCACCGCCAUCAGUCCCAUCUACUUCCCUACUACCAUCUACGAGACGAAAUACGCCACGCUAACCAACUACGUCACCAAGCUACUACAGACGACGGUCUACGCAGUCUACACGGAAUAUGAAACGUCGGUGUCGCAGGGCCUGUACUACGAGUCGGUGACGCUGCCCUUGUCGAACCCCGAGUACGAGACCCGCACCAACAUCCAGCUGGCGGUCGUCCCGUCGCUCGUCACGGAGGUCGUCACACUGACCCGCCCGUCGUCUCAGAUCAUCCCCGUGGACAAGACACAGACGCGAACGCUUGUUGUGGUGCCGGAAUUCACCACAACGGAGGUGGAGCCUUAUCCCAUCGUUACUACGAACACGAUCGUGGAAACAGUCCGCGUCCCGAUCACCACGACGGUGACGGUCACGGCGGCGCCGUUGCCCGUACCCAAGAAGCCCGCGGGGCCCAAGGUCACCAAGACGCUCGUGCAGACCAACGUGCACUACACGCCGGCCUACGUCACCAACACGGAGUACGUGACCAAGUAUACCACCGUGACGGAUAGGCAGAGGUACCCGUUCACCGUCACCGUGCCGGGGAAGUGCGGAUACCACUAGGCUUCCCGUGGACCCUGGGUCGAUUUCCUUUUUUACUUCCGGGUUGCAACCAUCCGACUGGAUGCGCCAGCCGCCCCUGAUGUUCAAGGAAUGCAUGCUGUUCCAACCGGGCAAAAAAACACACAUUCACACAAAUAAACGAUCAAACAAACAAACAUGAAAACAAAGCAGUAAAGGAAGUUGCCCGGGUAAAGAGUCAAGCUGUAUGUUUGGGUGUUACAAAUGUAUAUAUUUCGAUGUGCGCGUCAUAUAUGUGUUGCUAAAUGAUGUUUAUAUUUCAGUGAAUGAGAUGAAAUGACAUGAUAUACUUAAGUAAUUUCAUCUGCUUUUAGUUCAUAUUUUAUACAGUCAAAAAGUAUGAUAAACGUUGAAAUAAAUGUUGUUGUAUA